CGUUGUGUUUCUCUUAAUAUGACUGGGUUAAGACUUGAAUGCUUACGGUAACCCGGCCAAGAAAUAUUUCCAAAUUUCCAUUCUUCCCCCGCCCUUCCAGAUUCCGCAGAGGUAGACCACAUCAUGAUAUACGAAAGAUCCCUCUUGGUCUUCUUCUGCAUCGUUUUUUCUAUCGGCGUGCAACUGACAAGAACUCAGCACUGGUCCCACGGCUGGUAUCCUGGAGGGAAGCGAGACAUUGCGUUCCCUGGAAACCUUAAGGACUCUGAAGAGAGCAAACUUUGCGAUGGGAGAGGCUGCCCAUAUCCAGAAGUCCCAAGUGAUGAAGUGAUGAAGCAUUUAUUGGCUGGAAUCCUGACUGGACAACUUCAGAAAAAGAAAUGAAAAGAAAAGAAAAAAAGAGCCCUUCUUGAGGAAGACGGGCAGCCUGGAAAC